AUGAAAGCAGAGGUCGAUCAGUCAACACCGACAGCAGACUUGCCUCUCUUCCUCGAUGUCAAGGACUUCCUCAACAAGAUGGCUAGUGAUGAGCAGUUGAUGGCGUCUGCAAAGAAAGUUAAAUUUCUUCAAAGCAAAUCAAAAGGAGAUCCAAUUCGGCCGCCUGAGCGCAAGCAUGACUCUGGAUGUUCGCCAUCGUUACUAAAGCUAUGGGAGUCCCUACCACCAAAGCCGUACUGUGACAAGCUGGUUACCAUAUAUUUCCAGUAUUUUGAGCGUACCAUGCGCGUUCUGCACCGUCCCACUUUCAUGCGUCAGUAUGAAAGACUGUGGCUUGACAGCGGAUCUGGGCUUGAUUCUACAUCCAGCAUCCUCGCACUGCUCACGAGCGUUAUGACCAGGGCUUACUUGCUCGACGAUACGGCUAGAACCAAUGAAGCAGACGAUUACAGAGCCUAUUUGCGGGGUGCAGCUAUCAACCACAUCCAGGUAUGGCUCGGGGAACUUGGACGAAAGCAGCGAACGGAGCUAUCAACUCUUCAAGUCGAAUUACUUGUGCUACUGUCUGGUAGCGUUAGCCACUCCGACCCAGAUAGAAUUUGGAGCCGCAGCGGUGCCAUAAUGCGGUCAGCUAUGACCAUGGGUUUGCACAUUGAUCCUGCGAAGAUAAAGCAUCUUUCGCCGUACCAGAUGGAGAUGCGGAAGCGGCUAUGGGCGUCUGUUUUGGAAACGGAAGUACAAGUAUCUAUCAUGACGGGUAUGCCCUUGAUAGUCCCAGAGCUCGGAUCUUACUGUCCGGUACCGGCAAAUCUGUAUGACGAGGACUUUGACGAGUCUUCAUCGAAGCUACCUCCUCCCCGCCCUCUUUGCGAUCUGACAGACAACCUCUACCAGAUACAUCUUGCUAUGUCUCUUCCACAUCGAAUCAGGGCUUCCUCGCUUGUACAGCGCUCGAUCCCCGAUGUCAACGAGGCGAUUGAGAUAGGGCCACUUGAAGAUACAUCACCGUCACAGGAGGAUCUUUACUUCUGGUUGUGCAAAAAAGACACUUUGUGGUCUGCUCUCACAGUAUGCCAACGCAUCAAACAUCUCCGUCAGGCCAGCUCGAAUGGCCAGUAUCUAGAGCAACGAAUGUCCGGGCACAACGAACACAUACUCAUCGCCAAGGUAGAGCAGACCAUCAACUACCUCAUCGCGAGAUUGGGUCGUGGCAAAGCAGAUGAUCUCAAGGACAUCAUUUUCCUGUCGCUGGCGCUCAAAUGCGUACAGCUACCCGAAUCAUCCCCGGGACGACUUUACGAGCUCCAUUCUACCACCAGGGGAAUAAUGGCUGCUUGCAUGGAGCAGCUGUUACCACCCAAGCUUACCGCCAGCGGUCAUCAGCAUGAACGAGACGACGCCGAGUCACUAGCUAAGCGCACGAAAUCGUCCUCAAUACGCCAUCCUCCGAAAAUUGAGCCUGCAUGGCCUGUCAGCUCGAAGCAAACACCCAACCCGCUUCCAGCAACUCAUGGGCCAGGAGUCCGUGGAGAGACUGCCGAGCAAUACCUCAGCGACUUUGCUGGGCUCGCCGCGGAGUUUGCCGAUUGCCAUACUGAUAUGUUUAGUCUCCACGCUGCUUUCGGUGGUGGCGUGGUGCAAGACUGGAAUUGCGACCACCUCUGGCAGUGA